UGGCUACUUCACUACCAUCUGUGUUCAUGAUGUUUCCUGUUGUAAGUCUCCAUGACUAAUUGAGCUGUGAGUUAGAUCUUGAGCAGUCCCUGGUGCAUUGCCUGAGAAAACAGAUCUUGAAAGCUUGGGGAUUACGUUGAUACAGCAAUGAGUAACCCAAAUUCCCCUGACUCACAUCGAACACAAAACCGAAAAGGCAAGAAACAAAAACGAGAGAAAAGAUCUAACCUGCAAGAAGAGAGUGAGGAUGACUCUUUUGAAGAGUUUGGAACAGAGACUCAGUCGCAAGAUCCAUCCACUGAAGUUGUUCCAUAUGGUGAGAAAGAAGUUAUGAAGAGAGAAGAGGCACCUGCAACUGUGCCUGAAAAGGGUGUCUGCCCAUCUCCUCACCACCCAGGAUGGUGGACACUGGGCAUCCAAAAAGAUGAUGAAUUCUUCCAUUUUGUCAUUCUUUGUUUUGCUGUUGGAAUCUUAUUAGUUUGCUAUUACAAAUAUAACAACUGGACCGUUUCCAUUGGUAUUGGCUUGAUGACCUUUGCAGGCUUAGAAACAACUGGAAUAUAUUUUGGCCUUGUGCACCGUAUUCGAAGCAUUCUGGAAGCAUUUAUUCCUCUCCUCCAGAGAAUCAGAACACCAGGUUUCAGAAAGGUUAACUAAUGGAGGACUUCAAGACAGCCCCAUAAAGUCUAUCUGUUUGCUUACUGGACUGAGAUAAUGUUUCCAGGACUGCCAUUUGUAAUAUAAAGCAACAAUUUCAUAACUGUAACUGAGGGGUUUCUCAGUUGGGGCAAGGAACUCUACUCCAAUGGCUCUUUUCUUCCUCUCAAUAUAUUACAGCGCAUGAGGAUUCUUCCUUCUAUUGAGAAUUAUAAUUGUAGUCACCGUGCUCCAUGUUUCUUUCCUAACAAUUUGUCUCCUUUUUAUUAUGUCGUAUUCAGCUGUGCACCAGGUUUCUCACACAAGGCAGUGCAUGUUUUUAGCAUCAGUUAGAACCAAAGUUUCUCAGACUUUGGUCCUUCAGUUCCAACUUCCUUGACCAUUGGCCAAAUUGGCUGUUAUGUCUGAGGUUGAAAUGCAAAACACCCAGAGGAUCAAACUUUAAGAAGCACUUAUCUGACAAUAACACCACUAACACAACAAUUGCUCCAGAGGAUCUUUGCACAUAACAUGGCUAUCACUGCAUAUCAAGAUAUACAACAAGUAGAGUGUGUCGUGGCUCCUCAAUGUGAUUAGACAUUAUUCUCAGGCUCUUAAAAUGAAUUGGAAAAGUCAGCCCAUUCAUGGUAUAAUCACUGUUCAUGAACACUUGGCACAUGGAGCACCUUAAAAGAAGCUUCCACAGGCCCACCUAGAUGUAUACAACAGCCCAGAUCCAUUGCAUUUGGGCAAAAUCUGUUCCUUGCAAUGGAACUGUUAUAAAGUGAGCUCUGAUUCUUCUUGUCACCAUACUCAUACCUAGUUAUUACUAACACAGAGAAAACAUUUUAAAAACUUUGCUAUGGCUUAUAGUUAUAAUGCUCAGUUUUCGGAGAGAUGUUUGAAAAGUAAAAAUAGAUAGAAUCCUUUUGCAUUUAAACCACUUCAAGAAGGCUUAUGUUGAAUACCUCUUGCUGUUCUGCAUGCAUGUGUCUUCCCAUAAGCAGAGGAAAUCCAUUAUAAGGAGCAAAUCACUCUUGUUUUAUCUGGUAAGAGCCAUGGGAUGAAUGUGAAAUUGUUGAAUUGUUUUAGUUUAUUGUUUAAUAAAUUUUUGAAGACUUUAU